UCUUUGGAACUGCCUUCAUUUAAACAUCUGGUGAGUCUUCAAGGCAUAUCUUUGCAGCAAUGAACCCAAAAGCUCUCCUUGUUCUUCUUAUACUUGCUUUGGUUACGAUUUUUGCUUUGGUAUGUGUGUUGGUGACCAGGAAGGAGAAGUCUAGUCAUUGUGGUGCUAAGUCACCUAUUUCCUUGGAUAGAAGUAAGAAGAACAAGAAUAUGAUAUUUGCUGCCCUGUCAGCAGAAGAGAUGGUGCAGGUGGUGAAAUAUCUGCAACUAAGGUUACCCUUGGUAGAUGCUUCUCAGGCUGUAUCUUCCAAUAAUUUUAUUCAUUAUGUUGAUGUCAAUAUCCCCCGCAAAGAAGAGGUGUUGAAAUUCCUUGAUCAUGAUGGACCACGCCCUCCUCGACAAGCAUUGGCUGUGGUGUAUUUUGGAAAUCAACUAGAACCAAAUGUCACUGAGUAUGUUGUAGGGCCACUUCCAGUGCCCGCUUAUCAUUGGGAUGUGACGGUGCAAAAAUAUGGAAAGAAAAUAUCCUAUCAUGGCAGGACUCUAAUACUAAGUGAAUUUGGAGAUAUUGAAACAUUCCUAGUGGAGAAGAAAUUUAUAGAGGCACCCACUUUUAUGGAUCAAGUAUUUGGACAUAAUGGAAGCAAUUUUGAAGGUAUCCUUGCAUUACCUGGGGGGUUUCAGUCUGGGGGUCGCUAUUCCUGGAUUACCUUGUUUCAGAAUGUAAAAGGCUUUUUCUUGCAUCCAUUGGGACUAGAGGUGCUUGUUGACCACAGCAGUUUGAAUGUCUCUGAUUGGAAAGUUCCAAAAGUAUUUUAUAAUGGCCAAUAUUUUAACAGUUUUGCAGAACUGGAAGAAGAAUUCAAAGCCAAGAGGGUGAUUGUAACAAAAGUUAAGCCGGUUUCUUCUGAUGGGGGCUUUUCCUCACUUCAUCCAAGGACACCCCCUCUAAGAUCUGGAUCCUUCUAUCAUGAGUCCUUUGGGCCUCACUACAAUGUGAGAAACAACCAAGUAACUACCUCAACCUGGAGUUUUGCCUUUCGGAUGGGUGUACAUAGAGGACUCCAUCUCUAUGAUAUCCGAUUCAAGGAUCAAAGAAUUGUAUAUGAACUUAGUGUGCAGGAUGCCAUUUCUAUCUAUGGCUCUAAUAGUCCUGGUGGAAUGUUAACCCGAUACAUGGAUGCAAGUUUUGGAAUGGGAAGAUUUGCACAUUCAUUAGUUCGUGGAGUUGAUUGUCCUUACUCUGCCACUUACCUUGAUGCUGUUUAUUUAAUUGAAAACCUCAAGCCAGAGGUACACAAGAACUCAAUCUGUGUGUUUGAGCAGAAUACAGGGACCCCUUUCCGACGUCAUUUUUCCAAUUUUCAGUCUGUCUAUUAUGGGGGACUCGCUAGCUCUGCACUAGUAAUGCGUUUUAUAGUUACCAUUGGUAACUAUGACUAUGUCUGGAAUUUUAUUUUUCAUCCAAAUGGUGCCAUUGAAAGCAAAGUCCAAGCAACUGGAUACAUAAUCUCAUCUUUCCUCCAUAGUGAUGGGCUGGAUUAUGGUAAUAGAGUUGCGGAUCACACACUUGGUACAAUCCAUACUCAUGUCAUCAACUACAGAGUUGAUUUAGAUGUUGGAGGUAUAAAAAAUUCUUUGGUUGCCAAUGAUAUGACUUUUGAGACAGUGAAUACUCCCUGGAAUCCAAACCAUAAGAUUCGGAGAAUGAAGCUGGUGAAAAAGGUCUUGGAUACCGAAGAUAAGGCUGCCUUCCGCCAUAAUGAUAAGAUGCCAAGAUACAUAUAUUUUGCAGCAAACAGUACAAACAAGUGGGGCCAUAAGCGUGGCUACCUAAUCCAGAUGAUCAGCUAUGCUGGGGAUCAUCUCCCAGAGGAGGAUCCAAUGGAGAGAGCUAUCAGUUGGGGCAGGUACAAACUGGCUGUCACCAGGAGAAAGGAGGAAGAACCUUGCAGUACCAGCAUCUAUAAUCAGAAUGACCCAUGGACACCUACUGUUGCCUUUGCAGACUUUAUAGACAAUGAGACCAUUGUUGAUGAGGAUCUGGUUGCUUGGAUCACCACUGGAUUUCUACAUAUUCCCCAUGCUGAGGAUAUUCCUAACACCGUGACACUUGCAAAUGCUGUUGGUUUCCUUUUAAGACCUUAUAAUUAUUUUGACAAUGAUCCCUCCAUUGACUCGCCUGAUAGUGUGUUCUUCACUGACAAGGAUGACUUCAACUCCUGUGAGAUCAACCAUAUUGCUUGCCUCCCUAAAACUGCUGCAUGUGUACCCAAUCUUCCUCCUUUCACUUAUGAAGGUUUCCAAAAUCUAAGUAUCCUCUGAUACUGUCCAGGCUUUGAGUCAAUGCUGAUGUUUAUAUUUGAGUGAAUACAGUUGUGGAAAUCAGCCAAGCACAAAAUCUGUGUGUAAGAUAACAGUCUUGAGACCUUUAUUGUUGACUGUGUUUCACCUAAAUUUUAGCUGUGUUGGCAUUGUACUCACUUGUGUUUGCAACUUAUCUGCAUCAGCCAGAUUGCUUUAGCUUUUUUACCCAACUGCUUCUCCUAUUAAUUUUUAAUUUGUGUGUGUGUGUGUAUGUGAGUAAAUGAAAUAAAAUAUAAAUUUUGAAAGAGAAAAUUAAGAAAAAAAAGUGAAAAAAGUACCAAGAAAAGAAAAGGCUUCUGAUUUUCUUAAUAGUAUUUACAAGUACAUUUAUAUUUUAUUCUCUACAUUUUCUCUAUGAUCUGAUUUUUAAAAAAUUUAAAAUGCCAUGAAACUACGUUUUCCAGGAUUCUUUGUCAGAACUCAUAAUUAAGUUCCUCUGACUGUUAAUCAGCAACACAAGCAUUUUCUCUUGUUACCACAGGUGACGAUAAAUAUACUGCAUCUAGGCAGAUCGCAGUGACACCGUAGAUACAUUGUGUAAAGAAAUCUAUAAGAAAUGUUUGUUUUAAUAAACACAUGUUAUGCUAAGAUGUGAUUUGUUAAACUAUAAUUAGUCUUCCAAAUGAUCAUAUUAGUUGUUUUGCCAAUUUCUAACAUUUUUUUCCUGCCUGCUUAGUUGCUAUUGUUUUGUAUUCCUGGAUUCCUUGGAAGCGUAUAUGUGGCAAUAAAAAUGAAUAAGCAAGCUCUACAAAUAAA